GAAAAUGUUUGGCCAUACGGUCAUACUAAACCCCAUCAAAUGAAAAAUUGAGAUUGGUUCGCCCACUUUGGAUCGCUGUAAGUACCGUCUCUUUUAACCAAAUUGUCACGAUGACGGGAGGCAGACACUGGAGCUACGACAUCCUCAAGCAGAUCGCCAUCGAUGGGUGCAGGGAGGACGUGGAGGACCUGAAGCAGAUGUUCGCCGCCGAGAUCGGGUCGCAGCGGCGAUUGGACUGCAUACGCUCCAUCGAGGAUCUGAUUGACUGCCUGGAGCGGUCGGACGAGCUGGCCGAGGACAACGUGGAGCCACUGCGCCGUAUGUCCGGCAAUCAGCCGAGCCUGAUCGAGGCCCUGGCUGGCUACACUCCGCCGGAGAAUUUCCGCAACCAGUCGGUGAAUCUGUACCAGGAACUCCGCUUGGCCGACGAGCUGCGUGAACAACUGCGUAUUGUGCCGCCCCAGGAUUUCCAUCCUUCGGUUUCGCCGGUGGCUGUGGCUGCACCCACACCUGUCAUUCAAAACUACACCACGCCGGCUGCCUUUACGGAUCGCAAACGUGCGGCUGUGUUCAAGAAGAUCUCCGAGGAGCUGGGACGCUCCUGGCGACGAUUGGGCCGCUCGGCUGGUAUUGGCGAGGGCGCCAUGGACAACAUCGAGGAGCGUUAUCCGCGCAGUCUCUCCUCCCAGAUUCUGCAACUGCUGCAGCUGAUCGAGGAGGACGAGUGCCACGACCCCAAGCUCUUCCUCGUUCGGCUGUGUCGCGCCCUGGGCGAUAGUGGUCGCAACGAUUUGCGCAAGAAGGUGGAGCAGAUUAUGUCGCACUAGGAUGACAAUUGUUGUAUUUAAAUUUUAUGCAUGAAUGUUUGCAAUUUGUAUGUUAUCUUGAUAAGAAAGGGUGUAUCCCCUAUCCUUUAUGAUAAGCUUUGCUACGGUCAGCCAAAAAAAAAGAACCAAACUUUGCAGUUGCUUAUACUUUAAGGAGUGUUUUCCUUAAGAUAAAUGUGAGUGCUUUAGCAAUAUUAUAAUACUCCCAAAAGCCAUUUGUAAAACAA